AUGAAUCGCCAUGAAGGAGUCAGCUGUGAUUCUUGUUUGAAAAAUAACUUUAGAGGACGACGAUACAAAUGUUUGAUAUGCAUCGAUUACGACUUAUGUGCGGCUUGUUAUGAGUCUGGCGCAACAACAAAUCAACAUACGACAGAGCAUCCAAUGCAAUGUAUUCUUUCCAGAAGUGACUUUGAUUUAUACUAUGGUGGGGAAACACUUACACUGGAGCAACCACAGGCAUACACAUGUCCCUUUUGCAACCGAAUGGGCUUCACAGAUGCAGCUCUCAUGGAACAUGUCACCGCAGAGCAUGCAGAUACUACCCUUGCUGUGGUGUGUCCAGUGUGUGCAUCAAUGCCUGGAGGAGAACCAAAUUUCGUGACUGAUGAUUUUGCAGGCCAUCUCACACUCGAACACCGAACUGGACCCCGAGAUCUCAUAUCAUUUCUGGAUGAGCCGAGCGGUAUCCGGCACGGAGGCGUGCGCCGCAUGCCGCCCUCCGGCCGCGGCGUCAGUCGCACGCGCCGCGCCAACAUGCAGUUCAGCACGAGCGGCGGAAUCGCGUCGCUGUCGCCGUCGUCGCGCGACGCGGUGGUCGACCCCAUCGCGGAGCUGCUGUCGCAGCUGUCGGGCGUGCGGCGCGGCGCGCAGCCCGGCACGCCCAGCCAGCUGCAGCAGCUGCAGAUGCAGCUGCAGCUCGAGCGGCAGCAGGCCAAUGCGGCCCGGCAGCAGCUGGAGCGCCUGCCCCGGCGGCCGGCGGCCGCGUCCAGCGCGAGCGCGCCGCCCCCCGCCCCGCAGCCCGCCGCGCACCCCGCGCCGCAGCUCGAUGCGUCCGACUCCCAGUUCCUCCUCGCCGGUUUUCUCGGCGCGACGGGCGGCGCCGAGGCCGAGGAGGCGGAGUCGCGCGCCGGGCUGCUGCGCGGGCUCAUGCUGUCGUCGCUGGGCCGCGCCGCGCCCGCGCCGCCGCCGCCCGCGCCGCGCGCGCCGCCCGCGCCCGCCCCCGCGCCCGCGCCCGCGCCGCCGCCGCCGCGCGCCAAGCCGCAGCCGCGCACCAAGGUACCCGCGCCGCCCGACCCGCCCGCCGUGCCCACGCGGCCGCGCCCCGUCUGA